AUGGCACCGAGCACCAAAGCAGCCGCAGACAGACUCGCGGCAGUCAACCGCUCGUUCGCAUCCGCUUCCCCCGCCUCGCUCCGACUCGAAGAACGACCGCUCCUCGGACACUUGACGCUCGAUGGGCUCAGGCUGCCGGUCAGGGAGGUCACGAACGAGGAUGAUAGGGCUCGACUGCCGAGGGAGGACUUGCUGCUCGAUGCGAGCGACCCGUCUGUCCAGCGAGAUCUUGCAUGGUUGAUGCAGAAGUGGGACUUGCGCCAGGACGUCUUCCUCCUCUCCUCUCCCGGCCUCUACACUCGCCGACUCGCUCUCACCUUCCUCCACCUCCUCAACACGCCCUUUGAGAUCGUCUCUCUCCACCGCGACGUCGGCGAGUCGGAGCUAAAGCAGGGACGGGAGAUUAGGGAGGGCGGACAUUUGGAGUACACGGAUUCGGGAGCUGUGAGGGCUGCGAAGGAGGGGAAGGUGUUGAUCCUGGAUGGGAUCGAGCGGGUCGAGCGUGGCGUGUUGCCGUUGCUCAACAACCUCCUCGAGUACCGCGAGAUGAACCUCGAAGACGGCACACACAUUGUCUCAGCCGCCCGCUACGACCUCAUGGUCAAGCAGAACGAGGACACGACGAGCUUUAUUCCCGCCCAUCCCGAUUUCCGAAUCAUCGCGCUCGGCGUGCCAGUCCCUCCCUACUCCGGCCUCCCGAUCGACCCUCCCUUCCGAUCCCGCUUCCAAGCGCGCUACGUCGACCCAGUCGAGGCGGCCAAAGUUCUCGCGCGGCAAGAGCUGAACAAGCUUCGCCAGGACCGCGGGGAGGAAGCGGUGAAGAAGGUAGAGGGGGUUGUGGGAAAGGUUGCGGAGGUCAUGACGAGCUUGCAGAUUGCGAGGGAGAUGCGCGCAAAGAUGGCCUCGGGCAUCACGACCGACUCGAAAACCGAAGUUCCCCUCUUCCCGCAGACAACCCUCGUCAAGCUAGCCCGCUUCCUCGCCAUCUUCCCUCCGCCCUCAGACGGCCACCUCGUCACGCCAUCCGACCUCUUCAGCCUCCUUCUCGUCGCUCAUCCAACUCUCGCCUACUCGGGACCCGCCGCACGACGUGCGCUCGAGACUGCACUUCUCGGCGCGGGAUUUGGCUCGUGGUGCGAGGGCAUCUCCGAUAUCGACUUUGUCGCCGAAGCUGCGCAGCGCGAGACGGGCAUCUUUGGCUGGCGCCUCGUCUCCAUUUUCCGCACUGGCGAAGGAAACGACCAGGCGCAGCUCACGUUCGCGCGAGACGGUUGCGAAGACGUCGUCGUACCCGUCGCGUGCGGUCCUCUCCCUUUCGCACCCUUCCCGCCCGCGGAAAGCGACGAGGUCCGCAUCACCUCUCGCUUCACCCACCUCCUCACCUCUCUCUUCCAGCUCCACGCCCUCUCAACAUUCGACAUCUCCUUCGUGCCCUCCUCAGCAUCGGUCCAGUCUUCCUCCGCAUCGACUUCGCUCGUCUUGCAGACUUUCUCCUCCCUGCUCGGCUACGAACUCGAGGCGAUCCACCUGUACAAAGAACUUGGCGGACGCGAACUCUGGAUGCGUCGAGUCGUCGGUGGAACGAGCGGAGGCGUGACGGGAUGGGAACCUGCGCCGCUUGUCAAGGGCGCCAAGGCGGGACGACUUGUUUGGCUGGACGGGAUCGAUACGAUUGGAACAACGUUUGGCUCGUUGUCGAGGUUGCUCGGGGAUCGGCAGGGAGAGUUGUGGGAGGGGAAGAGGCUGACGGUGCAGGAGAAGGAGAAGGAGUCCACCAACUCGAUCCUUGACUACAUCCACCCAUCCUUCCGAAUCGUCACAACCUCGACCAAAGCCUCUGCCGCAACCGAGUGGUUGACCGAGGAAGUCGCGUCGAGUCUCGUCUCGCUCUCGACUGUCCCCAUGCCUUUGGCCGAAGAACGCGCCCUCCUCCUCGCCGUCGGAUGCCCGUCUUCGCUCGUCGACCACCUCGAGUUGUUUGCACAACGGUAUCGCGAGCACACCUCGGUCGCGGGUAACAAGUCGCGCAGGCUCGGGACGAGUACCCUCGUUCGUAUCGCCAAGCGACUCGCGAGGCACCCACACGAGAACCUCCGAACGCUGCUUCAUCGCGCCUUGCUCCUCGACUUCCUGCCCAACACCGAGCGCGAGCAGGUCUCGGACUUGAUGGACGAGGUGGGACUGCAGGAGGAGCCCGCCUCGACGCUGCCGCCUGUCGAGGUAACGGACACGACGCUCGUCUUCCGCUCCGACCUGGGCGACGAACACGAAUACGACCUCGCUCGCUUCGACAUCUCGCAGGACCCGACUGGCGCUUCGCAUGUCCCGCACGCCGAGGGCUACCACCACAACGCGCAGCAGACUCGUUACAUUCGCGAUAUCGGUAUCGACCUGUCUGUUGGCGAACACGUCCUGCUGCUCGGCAACCAGGGCACAGGCAAGAACCGCAUCACGGACCAGCUGUUGCAGCUUCUCGGACGCCCGCGCGAGUACAUCCAGCUUCACCGCGACUCGACCGUCCAGAGCUUGAUGUUCACGACGUCGAUCGAGGGAGGAGUCAUCAAAUACGUCGACUCGCCUCUCAUUCGCGCUGUCCAGCUCGGUCGGGUGCUUGUCGUCGACGAGGUUGACAAGGCGCCUCCUCCAGUCGUCGCCGUCUUCGCCUCUCUCGCUAGUCGAGGCGAAAUGACUCUCGCCGACGGUCGCAAAAUCCGUCCGCGGCCUCAGCCUGGGGCCGGCGAGAACGACAUCAUCGUCUCACCCAACUUCCGCCUCAUCCUCCUCGGAAACCGGCCUGGCUUCCCCUUCCUCGGCAAUCCUUUCCUCCAGCACCUCGGUGACAGCUUCUCCACUUAUCCGAUCUCGAACCCCGACACCGAGUCAGAACUGCGGGUACUGCAGCAACUCGCGCCUGAACUCGACGUCGAGCUGCUCAAGGCGCUCGUCCUCGCUUUCCAAGACUUACGGAAAGAUUUCGACGCCGGCACCCUUUCCUACCCCUUCUCCCUCCGCGAGGCUCUCGCGCUCGUCCGCCACCUCCGCCGCUUCCCGGACGACUCGCUCGAGCAAGCCCUGCGCAACUUGUUCGACUUUGACACCCAUCGUCCCGAGACGAUCGACGCUUUGAUGGCCGUCCUGCGCAAGUACCGGUUGGGCGUUGAGCGCGUCGGGAUGGAUGCUGUGAGGGGACAGAUCGUGCCGGUUGACGAGCUGAGGAAGGCGAAGGAGAUCGAGUUUGACCCGGCGAAGGAAGGGAGGGAUACAUCGUUGAGCGAACCGAAGGUCGGCAAGGACGACGGGAAGGAGCAUCAUGGCGGAAAUACGUUCGCUGGUGGCACGGGCGGUCGCGACACCGCAGGCCUCGGCGGACGCGGCGGCUACAAGCGUCUCUACAAGGGCCACGACAUCCGUCAGAUCCCCGACAGCCUCAAAGCGCAAGUGCCGGACGAGAUCAAGAAUCGCGCGCGAGACAUGGCUCGCAAGGAGCUGGCCGAAAAACUUGCCGAGAUCGACAUGUCCAGUGCGCAGGCUUCCAUGUACUCGCGCUACCACGACCACGUCAUCUCGCAUGUCUACCAGCUCGUGACGUUCCUGGAGAACCUCGAGGCGAAGGAGGAGGAGCGGGUUUGGCUGAAGAGGCAGGCGGAUGGCGAGUUGGACGAGAGCAGGCUGUCGGAGGGCCUGACAGGCGAGCCAACGGUGUAUAAGCGCCGUGGUCUGGAGAAGCCCGAACUGGGCCGCCCUCAGCUCAAGCCCAAGCGUAUUCGCUUCGUCUUCGACGUCUCCGCGUCGAUGUACCGUAACCAGGCAGAUGGACGGCUCGCUCGUUCGCUCGAAGCGGCCGUCAUGCUUCUCGAAGCUUUCGAUCGUCUCAGCGCGAGCGGCAAGGCCAAGUACCGGAUUGACGUUGUCGGGCAUUCGGGCGAGUCAGCCGAGAUCCCCUUUGUCAACGUCGAUGCGCUCCCGACCAACUCGGGCGACCGGUGGAAGAUUGUCGAGAAGAUGGCGCUCAUCACACAGUACUGCUGGCCUGGUGACGAGACGCUGAACGCGCUGAACAAGGCAGUCGACGCGGUGGCCGAAGCGGACGCAGACGACCGCAUCGUCAUUGCCGUCACGGACGCCAACUUUGACCGCUACGGCAUCGGCGCCGAAGACCUCCGCCGCUGCCUCACCCGCAACUCGAAGGUGCACACGUCGCUCAUCGCUAUCGGCGAAGGCGCCGAGUCGGAGUGGCUGCCCAAGGUCCUGCCAGGCAAGGCGUUCCGGGUCAAGGACAGCGGCGACCUCGCUCGCACGCUCCGCUCGAUUCUCAGCUCGACGCUCGACAAGGGACUGUAG